AUGAGUACCGAUACCAGCCGGCCAUUGAUCGAGCAUGCCGCCAACCUGUACAUGGCGCACUACGCGGAGUCAAGUCUCCAAGCCUGGGAGCAGCUACAUGGUCAGGUGCGAGCCGACGAGCUCACCUCUGUGAGGGAAACCUGCGCGACCCAGCGCUACAUCGAUGAUUGUAUGAGAACCAAGCUUCGGGCCCAGGAGAUGCUGAAUUGGCUCGUCCGCGUAGCCGAGGACCGAGAAGCUCAUGAGCAGGAGGUGGCCGAUUGGCACGAGGUCGCGCGAAACGCUGACGUGAACGCCGAGAACGCGUUCAUCGCCCUCCGGGUUAAGGCCCAAAAGCUCCUCACGUGGACACGGAUCCGCGAAAAACUCGAGGUUUGGAUACUAGGUGCAUACCUGAAGAAGGUCAUGUCCGGACGAGGCGUGCAGCUGAGCGAAGCGGAGCAGGCGAGAAAGGAGAGCUUCCACGACGCUGUGGAGUACAGCGUGGGCGGGAUAGAGGAUGGGAUGGAGGGGUGGUUCCAGCUCCACAACCUUGCCCUCGAUGAGACCUCUGCGAUCCGAGCAGCGAUGGCUGGAUCAGUCAGUCUCUUCCCUGGUGAGGAGUGA